AUGCAGUACCAGAAUAACUUUCUGAAUGCAGCAUCAAGGACUGGCGCUGCCCUGCCGGCCUUCGCUGCUAAGCAGCGAGCUCCAAUCCCACCUCCUCCUGCAUCUCCCCCGGCUUCAAGGCAUUACACGCUGUCUGAGGUGGAGCUGGCGACAUUUCGCACGCAGCUAUGCGAAAAUCAUCAGAAGGCGCAUUGUGCUCAGCCAGACGCCUGUCCCCAUUCCCAUUGCUUGACAUGGCAGCGUAGAAAUCCCUAUGAGAUCAUUUACGACCCCCACCUUUGCCCAGGCAUCGAAUUCAGGCGUUCCAACAGCAAAAUGAGCCUCAUUCGGCACUGCACACGCGGGCGCAGUUGUACUUACGCGCAUUCGAAAGAGGAAGAACUCUAUCAUCCUCUCAUGUACAAGACGAAGAUCUGUACUGUAUUUCCAAAUUGCGACCGUCACUACUGUCCAUUUGCUCACUCUGUCGAUGAGCUACGACAUCCGUAUUCAAACCCGCUUAUCCAAUCAAUCUGGGGCGGAGGAGACAACAGCUUCUCAAGCGGUAUGCAACGGUGGUCGGCAUCCCCCUUAUCUCCUCUAUCCACCAGGCAAUUUCAUGAUAUUGGCGUUCACCAGCACCCCCCCGCAGCGUCUGUAUAUAUAAGCCCGGGACCACACGUAUUCGGGGUCGCCUCCGCGUCUUCAGCGGAUGCAACACCCCGUCAGUUUCGGUCUCAGGAGUGGCCGCCGAGAAGGCAGCCAGUCACGCCAAAAGAGCAUCCGAGAAAGAAUCCUAGAAUGCAAGACGGAGGGAGUAGCCAAUCUCUCUUGGGGCAGCCCUCGCCUCGAGCAAAAAGUUAUAGGCAACAGAGAGAGCGCCGCCUCAGAAAGAAGGAAGAUACGACUGUGGAGGAGUCAGGUGGUGCUGAGCUUCACGACCUGCUCGACAGCGAGGGCCUGCGCCAAGCACUUAUUUUGGCUCUAGCACAGCAGCUGAUAGGCCCGCAGGUCAGCCAGCUUUCGGUCGAUCAGAUACUUAUCGUCCUGGAUUUGGCAGUUAAGCUUGCUGCCAGCCUCCAGUCCAGUGAUAGUCAUUCUGAGCUUCAUGAGCAGGCCACUACAGCUGCGAUUUCGUUGAUAGACUCAUCUCCUCCUAAUGUGACUUCGGGCGCUUGUGGUGGGCAAACAUUGGCUGACGACCUCUUCGGAGAUGCCACUUCAUCAUCUGGCUCCGGUGCAUCAUGCCGACAGGCUCUCCUCGACGACGUCUAUCCCGGGGCAACGCAGGCACUCAUUGCCCAGCUGAAAAAGUUGGCUCUGUCAGACUCCUAUGAUGAAAAUUCGGGCUCCUCGCCGGCUGGUGGAGAAAUCCUUGAUAACGCAGAGGCUUCACGACUGAGCAUCUUGCAAGGCGGUGGCGUUCUGUGGAGUACGAGCACCUCUCCAGUCGUAGGUGACUCCUCUUCCCGAUCGUCAGUGCAUCUCUCUGGUCAUAGCCCCGAUCACCUUCGCCUCGACGAACCUUUAUCCUCAGGCAACGGGCGGUCAGUGACACAAUCUGGAGCCCAACCACCGGCCACCAUAGUCGAGGACGGAUUGAGGUCUGAGCAAAAGGCGAGCGUCUCUGACCAUGAUAUCGCUGAGCGUGUAAGAAUUAGCCUGCUAGGGGCGCUCGCUGACGCGGGUUGCCAGCUGCCAGAGCAGGCAAAUUCUGCAUGCCCGUUGCCGGAAACGCUCGAAUUGGAGUCGCCCCGCGGGACUCUGCGUGGAUCUGUAGGCACUGGACAGGGGUUCUCGUUGCCAGGGGCAGCCGGAAGUGUGCAAAAACGUUCUUCCGAUUAUGGCACACGACAAGGCGAUGACGUAUUUUCUCCGCAGACGACUACAUGCUCACCAACUCCGUUCACCGGUCAGGUCUGCUCGCCCCAAUCUCGCACGGCUGCUUGCACACCAGCGCCCCCUCCAUCAUUUUCUAUUAAUACAUCAAUUGAUAACGUAAAGCAGGUUCUGCAAACCAUGCAGCAGCGAACCCGAGCUGAUCUGCAACACAACAGGGACCUAGCAGACCGACAGAAAAAUGCGGCGUGCUCUGUCGUAGGCGCACUGCAUCUCGAAACAGAGCUUCCUUCGCCAAAAAUACGAGACAGGGUUACACGGCCCGAUCUGGCGUGGCGGUAG